AAUGGACGUGAUGCAUUAGUGUGAAUAUUUGCUCAGAAAUUCAAUCCCGUCUCCCUGAUCAGAUUCAUACUUUUCAGUUGAUUGAAGAGUUUCUUUGAAGCUUUUUUUUCUUGACAGUCAUGUGAUCUGAGAAGGAGGAGGUACCUGUCAGAGAGAUUGCAGGUGUACGAUUCAGGGUCCAGGUGAAGCUUGCUGUUUUUGAAUCCUGCUGGGUGCAGGUAUUUUUGAAAGCUGUCCUCAGUUGGAGAUAUCCCCUGUUCAGUCUGGCCCAGGAUAAAACCUUUUGGAUGAGGAGGAUGUUCAGCCCUGGGCAGCUGAUGUCGUCUCUCCCCCCAGGGGUUUUCCAUGCUUCUGCAGCUCACUUCUACUCUGCUUUCCCUGCUCGCUUGAGCUCAUCGCACAUCUCCAGCCUCUUCUUACCCAGCCCCUUAUUUAGCUAUGAGAUUUUACAAAAUUACCUGCAGCCUGAACCCUGCAAACAGGCUCUGAUCUUGGCCACUCAGGCUACUGGGCUGGCUGGGAUUACAGAAUACCCAGAUGAAUCCCGUCCGGUGAAACAGAGACGCGCGCGAGCCAAUUACAGCAGUUGGCAACUGGAGGAAUUGGAAAAGGCUUUUGAAGCAACUCACUACCCAGAUAUCUUUAUGAGAGAGGCACUGGCACUGAGACUGGACCUCAUUGAAGCAAGGGUGCAGGUUUGGUUUCAGAACCGUAGAGCCAAGAUGCGGAGACAGAUGAAACUGCAGGGGAAGGUCAUGGAGAAGUCUCCAAGCAAGGAUCCAAAGGGGCCUGCUGACAAGCCCAUUACCAAGACUCUGGACCUGGGCAGCUCUGACAGCGACCAUUGGGAAGGUAAGCCAGAGAAGCCCAGCUACCCUUGGCCUGGAACUCAACCUAAAGGAAAGCCAGCCCUGCUCGCUGCCCCCUUCAGGGCAGUGGUCCAGGAACAGAGGGAACGGGAGAAAGGGCUGAGCACGGAGGAGUUUCGUUCUUGCAGUAUCGCAAAUCUGCGGGCGAAAGCAAGGGAGCACACAGCAGGAAUCCAGAACUCUGCUACCUAAACAUUACCAGAGCCUGAAACAGAGACUUCCUCAGCAGGAAUGGAGAAAUCCAUAAUACAGACACACAGGCCUCGCAACUGGCACUUUUAUGACAUGAAAACACUUCAAAUGGAUGUGAUGAUAAGUGCUAGCUAUGUGAAUGGGUUGAUUUCUGGGGUGGGCACAGUUAUUAUCAUCAGACGUAUUAGUUUGGACAGUAUUUUAAAUGGGGGGGGGGGCCCUAACACUAUUCACUUUGUGAAUGUUAUGUUUUUAACCUUGUUUUAUAUGGAGUUGUUCUUGUUUGCUUAGACUUUUGCAUUCAUUUUUGUACAUUCCCUCUACCUUUUUAUAUGUUAUGUAUUGCUUUCUUGAUACAUAUAAAAUAUAAACAUGUGUACAGUACAUAUAUUGUCCUGUCCUGCAUGCAGGUUGCCUACCUGGCUGUUAAAAGUGCAUAUGUAUGUAGUUAAAAUUGCUUCUCCGAUUGUAAAUAUACAGUACACAC